AAACACUUUUCUCUUUACUCAAAAACCCCACAAUUUCUUGUCAAACCAAAAUUCAUUCAGUCUUUCCAACAACCAAAAGAACAAGAAAAUGCCUCAAUUUCUUCUUCUUCUUCUGUUGCCUUCCAUUGUCUUUCUUCCUUCUCAUGCUCUCAACAUUGGUGUCCAAGCCCUUGAUGCCUCCGUCACUAUGAGUAAGGACUGCAGUAGAAAAUGCGAGUCUGAGUUUUGUUCAGUGCCUCCACUGUUGAGAUAUGGGAAAUAUUGUGGGCUGUUGUAUAGUGGAUGCCCCGGGGAACACCCCUGUGAUGGCUUGGAUGCUUGUUGUAUGAAACACGAUGCUUGUGUUGUUGCCAAGAACGAUGACUAUCUAAGCCAAGAAUGCAGUCAAAGCUUCUUGAAUUGCAUGGAGAAUUUCAAGAGAUCAAGAUCAAGUCCUUUCAAAGGAAACAAAUGCCAAGUUGAUGAAGUGAUUGAAGUCAUCUCCUUAGUCAUGGAAGCUGCUCUUAUUGCAGGCAGAGUUUUUCACAAACCCUAGCUAGCUAGCCACCCCUAACCUACCUUUUUAUUUACAAAUACCCAAUUUCAAUCAUCAAUCUCUUCCUUUUCCCCCCUUCAUUAUUAUGUAUUGUUGUUUGGCAUAAAACACAUACACCAAUUUCUCUCAUACAUAUGAAAUCACUAUUCUAUAACAUGUUUUGAAGUGUUCGUUUUUUAGAGGAUGGAGGAUUGAAUCCUAGGUUUUUAGGGAGGAAAGUUAUGUUAAUAUUAGACGUUAAGUUAUAAGUUUACUUUCA